GAGUGAUGAGCGGAAGCGUGAUGGUUCGCUUGUCAUGUCUUUUGUACACAAAGAUAAUCGUUGACAGGGAUGUAUGCUGACAUUUGUUUGCGAAUACUACUGAAGCUAACCAUCAAAAUUGUGCAUGAUUGGCAAUCAGCUUGAUGGGCAUAUGGUCUUGACUUUGGUCAAUUUGUUACUCAGCAGAUGCGCAUGCUCAAGGAAACAUGCUGUAUGUUACAGCAAGUUCAGAACAGCGGCAUUAGACACCAAUGCCGCAACUCUAACUGAAUCUACUAUUCUUAGGCUAAGUACGUCCAGGUUAGACAGACUCGCGCACUGCCAGCGUGCGUGCUGCCGUCCGCAAUAUUUCCUCGUCCUGACUAGGUUGUCCGAUUAGGAGAGGUUCAUGGCGAUACGACAAGCUACUGGUGGUAUUGUCGCUGAUGGCCUAGUAAUGGUGCGCAGUAAUGGUCUCGCGCCUUAUUAUCGUACUACGUGAGUGAGGCUUGGCAAGCCUUCUAAUCUCCAUCAAUAUUUCAAGAGUUAUAUCAUAACUGAUUCAACUUGAAUUGCGAUCAUCAUCCUUGCCGCUUAGUCCGGGAGCGGAAGAAAGAUAGAAGUGCGAAGGAUAUGAACACUUGAUAUUGAAUAUGUUUUGGACUGACCCAAAGCUCCAUAUACCCAAUUAAUAGAAAAUUGUUCCGUCAAGUUAUGACUAGCAUUUGCAGGGGUUGCAUGGUCAUACUGUUAAAGAUCCACGGGAUUGAAUAUACACCCAAGUGGUGUAAAGAUCAUGUUGAU